GAAGGUUAAGGGGGGACCUGAUAGAGGUCUUUAAAAUGAUGAGAGGGAUAGACAGAGUUGAUGUGGACAAGCUUUUCCCUUUGAGAAUAGGGAAGAUUCAAACAAGAGGACAUGACUUCAGAAUUAAGGGACAGAAGUUUAGGGGUAAUAUGAGGGGGAACUUCUUUACGCAGAGAGUGGUAGCGGUGUGGAAUGAGCUCCCAGUGGAAGUGGUGGAGGCAGGUUCAUUGGUAUCAUUUAAAAAAUAAAUUGGAUAGGCAUAUGGAUGAGAAGGGAAUGGAGGGUUAUGGUAUGAGUGCAGGCAGGUGGGACUAAGGGGAAAAAAAAUUGUUCGGCACGGACUUGUAGGGCCGAGAUGGCCUGUUUCCGUGCUGUAAUUGUUAUAUGGUUAUAUGGUUAGAUCUGGCUGUCCAAAGUUGUUUCAUUCUUGAGACAAAGUUGAGAAAAACAGCAUUUAAAAAAAAGUGCACUGCAGAUAAUUCUUUCAGGCAGCCAUGGGGAGGAGGGUUAUAGGAAUCUGGUAAUGUAAACUUUCAUCAGCGGCUGACCUGCUCACACCUAAAUAGUUCAGUUGAUUUGAGGGAUUUGAUGUUUUGUAUGGUGUAUUUUGUAUGCAGAAUAUUGGAAACUGAUUAAUUUCCUGAAUUAUAUGGUAAUGUACAUCUUGUUGACUUGGAACAAAAAAUUGUGCCUAUCUUGAAAAUAGCUGCAUUUUGUUUCAAAUUGCUUUAACAAUUUUGCAGCAUCAGACCAAGUGGGAUUAGUAGGGAUAAAAUAAAAGUUACAUGAACAUUGUAAACAUCAGCAAAAAUGAUAAAUUAUUUUCAUAAAAGGGAGAUGAAUUGAAAAUCACUGCUUUCAAUGUUUUUGUCUCGAAGAAAAAUAAUGUAAUUUUAUAUUCUAAAUGUGUAUAUUCCAAAAGCAAACCUACUUGACAGCAAAUAUGCCUUUUGGUGGUGGUUGGCUUAGUUGCACUCUUACCUUAGUCAAAAGGUUACAGUUCAAACCUCUCAAGAGAAUUUAACUACAUAAUCGGAAACCUGAUCGCAAAAACAUUCUUGACAAAUGCUUUCACUUUUGUUUAUCCAAGAAUUAACUAUAGCACACAAUAUCAAUGUCAUCUUAAAUUACAUUUGGUUUGAUAACCUUCUUGUAAAUUUGCCGUAGAAUUUUAACCAAGUAAAUUCUAGUUAUUAUUGUCAAGGUCCAUUUUCAAAAUCUAACAUACCCCAUGACACUAUUCAAAUAAGAACAUGUUCAAUAUCUUUAUUAAUGAACGUUUGUCAACCUACUACAAUGAGCCAAUAUCUGGUGGAAUAACUGUAGUAUGCAAACUGACAGCUGGAAAAGUGAAAAUACAGUAAUACAGCCACAGAACCGAACAAAAGCCUCGACACGAAACAUCACCCAUUACUUCUCUGCAGAGAUGCUGCCUGUCUUGCUGAGUUAACCCAUAUUUUAUGUCCAGCUUUUCACUGUACCGAGGUACACACGAUAAUAAACUAAACGGAAAAACAUGUUCAGAGAUGCUACCUGGCCCGCUGAGUUAAUCCAGCGGGCAUUUUUUUUGUGUCAUGAUCUUUGAGACCUGCCUAGACUUGAACCGCCGACCUUCGGCUCUUGUGAGGUCGAUGCGCCGCGACGCGGCGGGCGAGGCAACGCGGGCCGGGCGUGACGCGCCAGUGGCGCGAGCAUUUGAACAGAGCGCGGUUUAUUCAACGGUCCGAGUGUCUCCCGCGGGAAGCGGCCCGCGAGCUCAGUGUCCGCGGCGCCCCCCAGGCCGCGCGCUCGGAGCGGGGACAGUGCGCGUGUCCGCGGCGCUACCGCCCGCUCGCUGGGAGAGGAGGGUGAGUGCGCGUGUCCGCGGCGCUACCGCCCGCUCGCUGGGAGAGGAGGGGGAAGAUUGAUUGCGCGUGUCCGCGGCGCCUGCUUUUAUCGGGCCUUCCUCGGGCGGACGCGAUGUCGUUGAUCAGGAAGAUCCGCAAGAAGGGGAGACCGGCCUCCAAGAAGGAGUGGGACAGCACCAUCAGCGACCUGAGCGUCCACCGGGCCGACCAGGGGGAGCUGGCGUGGCGCCGGCAGACCCGCGUCUCCAAGCACCAAGCAGCAGCAAAGUCGGAGCUGCGGGAGAGGGAGGCAGCGGCGGCGAGCGGCGGGCAGAGGCGGCGAGCGGAGCAGCAGCGGCCGGCCAUGGCCGAGCUGCCGCUUGAACAGUGGCAACUGCGGGACGUGUUGGCUCGGUCCGACCGCGCUCUGGCCGUGGUGCGGGAUCCGUUCGGCGACGCCCCGCGGCGCCAGGCCGGCUUCCCCAACGUGACCGUGGCCCCCGGCGGCCGGCAGCCUCCCGCCGCACAGCUCAUAACGCAACACAGCGAGCAGCCCACACAGCUGUCCCUGCUCAGCGAGUCGGUGAUGGACCCGCAGGCCCUAAAUGAAGCUUCACACUGUUCACAGUCGGGGGCAGAGUGUUCACUGCAGCAUCAGGCCGAUGGUCAGGCACUGGAGCUAAAAACUCCCGAAACCCCAAGAGUCCGGCCUCAGACAUCAUCCAGCUGGACCGCAGAAGGUGCCUCAGUGGCCCACGCCAGUUUAAAUGCAACAGCGGCUAUCCAGAGAGUGAAGUCCAGAUUGGAAAGUAGAGCGGAAAAUGAUGCAGAACUAGAAGGCACAUCUCCAUUUGAAACUAUGCAGGCAAUCCGACAAGUACUCCAUCCUGGUUCAAGAAACUCUCAAAGGUGUUUUGACAUGUCAGAAGACAACUUUUGUGAUGUGCCUACCAAAAGAAUGGAAACCCGGAGGACUGAGGACAGGCAGAUGAACCUAGAGAUGCUGCAAGAAAUGAUUGAGAAAAUCGAUAAGGAACUGCUGGAAUAUGAACAUCAAGCCGGAUGCGAGGUUCCCAGCUGGUUGCCUGAGAAAGAUCGUGGUGUAACUAGUUUCACUUUCUCAUUAGUCAACUUGAUCAGCAGAUUGACCUUCUCUCUAAAAGAAUGUGGAAUUCGGCAGUGGCAGGAGAAGGAAAACCAUCAGCAACUUCUGGAAAAAUCUGACCAUCACCAAGCACUGAUUGAUGCAUUGACAGCAGAAUUUCUAACAGUACAAAAUGAAAUUGUUUCUCUGCAGGCUUACCUGCAGCAAUAUAUGAUCAAAACAGACAAAGAGUUGUACUCCCUGAAACAAAUGUUGCAUAGAUCUACUGAAGUAGAAAGAGAUAUACCAAGACAAAACAUUACUCGUGAAGUAAAUGAAAUUGCAGUAGAAUCUGAGAGUUUGUAUCAUUGUGCUAACACUAAGAAGCAAGGCAAUGCUCUUUCAAUGGUUGUGACAAAUGUUGAAGAUGAACUUUUAAAAGGCCUGAACCAAAACCAGCCAUCUGCUUUUCAGUACAAAGAGAAUCAGUUGGAGAAUGAAAGAAGAGGUCAGGGUUUACCUGAAAAUUCAUUUAUCCCUGCCGUAUUGCUUUCUCCUCCAAGACAGAGGAAUAGCCAAAUAGCUACUGGAUCACAAAUCACAGUUAAUUUGUGUCGAGAGUCCCCUCAGUCUAGCAAUGAAAAUAAAGAAUCUAAUGGUUCCUCACAGGUUCUUAAAAAUGUUCUAGAUGUUCCACAUGGAGAAAAUGAUUUUGUAAAGCAUUUAGCAGUACUGAACCAAAUGCCAGAUUGUCAGUGUCCUGCCCAGCAAUGGAAGAUUUCUGAUGCAAUCAGUGAGCAUAAACAGAUUAUCCAUUCACCUGUUUCCAAUUUGCCAUGUAUGCAUUUGGGAGCGUUUGAUGAUACAACAACAUGCAAUCUGAGAAAAAUGGAAGACAAUGUAGUAGCUGUAGGCAGUCAAAAUGCUUUAAAUAAUUGGCUGAAACAUCAAGCAAUGCUAAGUCAAAUUACUGAGCUACAGUUGCAGAAUUCUGCUCUCAAAGCCCAACUUGGUCAGUUCAAAAUAGGUAAAUUAUCUAACCCAGCACCACAAAUUGAAAAGGUUACUCCCACCACUUCUGAGAAUCUUGAGCAAAGGAUAGCUGAGCUCAACCAUCAGAGUGCUGAAGCACGGAGCAAACUUUUGUACCUGAUUGAACAGCAAAGACAGAUUUCCUCUGAGUCGGUGUCCCCAACAAUUUCUCCUAUUCCGCCUGAAAGCACGGCAAUAGGAACUGGCAGCAAAACAUUGGAAGUAUUGAUCCCACUCCCCAGUUGCUUGGACUCGUCUACAGGUAGCUUACCUUCCCCAGACAGUAAAAUUGACAGAAACAGAUCCAUAGAUCACAUUAGUACAACUAGUUCCUCUCUCUAUUUGAAUAAAACUGAUGGAAAUAAGACACUUGUAACUCAAGGAACAAAAUCAGAAAAACUGAAAGAAGAAGGUUGGUUUGCACUGUCUACUCACACCAUGCAAUUCUAAUGAUGGGAGAUAGAUAAAUCAUAUUGAUAUUUGCUGAACAAGCAGAAAUGUUUUCAAAUUUGUAGAAAGAAAAAUGCUGCAGAUGCUGGAAAUCUGAAACCGAGAAAUCACAUUUUGAAUGGACAGCAUAAGAAAUACCAAUUUGGUCUAUUUUCACCCCAGAUUAUACAAUUUUGUUUUUUGCUUGUAUAUUUUUGCUUGAUUAUUUUCAAUGGAAAUUGAUAAAAUUUAAAUUUGUGAGCCUGAAUAGUUCAAUAUUUUCAAUUCUGUUGAUUAAUCUAUAGAGACAGAAUAUAGACCAAUGAAGGUAUAUAAAGGAAAUAAAUGAUUCAUAUUGCAGUUGUUUUUAAUUCACCUGUUUAAUUUUUAUUUAAGUUGAAUGGGGGUGAUUAUUGAUCAGGACAGCAUCUUGGGCAACAGAUUGGUAAUCCAUAUUAUAUCCCACCCACAUUUAUUUCCACUGUAAAUAAACAUGUGAUGUGCUAAGUUAUUAUCAGGUCUUUCGGGAUUGGACGUUUGCCGUAUUUUUGAUGCAAAUCAGAUAUUUUUCCUUUUUCUAACAUGGAGCAAGGGGCUAUCAGAGUUUGAGAAAAUCCUUUAUUUAAAAUUAUGAAUGUUAUUACAUUUUUAGAUUACAAGAGGAUUGAUAUGUCAUUAAUAAAACUUUCACAAUACAAACAGAAAUGAAGAGUGGUUCUUUUUAUGGUAUUUGCCUAAAAAGUCUCCAAUAUCAAUUCUCAUAAGCUGUCUGAGAUUCUCUUAGAUCAGGCACUCUCAUCUACCUGUAUGACAAUAGGAACCAGGAAUCCUUUAGUGAGAAAGUCAAUAGUGCCUUAUUUGUCAUAUGCAACUGCAGUGAAAUUAAUUUUGCAUAUAUUACACAUGCAGGCCAUUUUUUAAACCAUUCAAAGUCUGGUGGACCCAUGUGCUCGUACUGGAGCA